CGGCACCAGGAGUACCUGAAGAUGCUGAGCGAGAGGGAGGAGGCGCUCGAUGAGGCUGAUGAACUGGAGCACUUGGUGACGUCGCGGACAGAGUCUGUGAACAUUGACCACCCAAACCACAUUGUAACAGUGACCACCAUCAGUGACCUGGACCUCUCAGGGGCACGCCAACUGGGACUGACCACCCCUGUGGGAAAAAGUGAUGGAUCAGAAGAAGAGAAAGGGGAAGAGGUGGCGAACAAGCCUGUAAGAACAAUGCCUAAGAAGUCCAGAAACCCCUUCUUGUCUGAAAAGAUCUCUUCUCUUACUGCCACGCUGCACAUGCACAGCCGAAAAAAGACAAAAGGAAAAAGACCCCAACGUGGGCAAGGCCCACACAAGAAAAUCCAGAAAUCCAGCACGGGGCGAACCACUAAGACUCAGCGACGGAGACUGACAGGCAAAAUGGGCCGCGACCAAGAUUAACAGAGAAACUAGUGCUCAGACCAGCAGCUGGGACAGUGCUCCACAUCUGGCCUGCCGCUCUUUGGGAUCCCUUCAUUGUGGGCAAGGGCCUUGUUUACUUGGUGCUCUGACCAGCAGCGAGCCCGGUUCAGCCUGUCUCUCACCUCCUGAGCACUGGCUGGGAUGAUGAGACGCUCUACUUGUUUAUUUCUGCAGUGAUCUCCAGCUAAGUGUCGGGUGCCACGGAGUCUAAAAACCUCUGCACGUUCUCUGUUUGCCGUAACCCUUGUGUCCUUGGGCCUGCCUUUCCAGAGCUGAUACUUGGCUUUAUCAAAGGAGAGGAUCUGGGGCAGAGUGCAACAGGCAGAUCGUCAGGGCAAUUUAUGAGCCUUGGAAAAGCUCUGCUUCCACUCGUGCAUCAGCGCCCUGGCAUUUCUGCUGUGCAGUAAAUCCUUUUUCCAUGGAGACGCGGUGUCAUCUUUUCUCAUGUGUUUCUUCUCCAGUGCCAUACCUGAAUGCAGGGGUACUUUUUGUUUGGUACCUGUGCCAGGUGAAAUUUGGUAACUGUGAAUAAAUAAAUAUGAAGUUACUUUGCUAA